AUGGCCAUAGGUGGGUUUAGAAAAUUCUUGACCACAUUUUCCUCUAUUUUCACACUAGCAGCCCUCGCUCUAGUGGUGUUUGCAAUCGUUGGUCCAGUGAAGAAAUCUGCUCUUGACACUAUUCAUUUCAUCCGAUUUGAUUUAUCCAACAUUAAUUUGGCAUCAAUUGCUUCUGAUUCAGGCAUCGCUGAAACUUUGGCUAAUGCUGCUGAAAGCAUCACUUUUAGCGCCGAGGAUUUUGGGUUCUCAAAUACUUACAUCUUCACAGCCUGGGGGUAUUGUGAAUCGAAUGGUACUGGGGCUUCUGCUUCUAUGAAAUAUUGUACUAGUCCAGAAGCUUUGUACUAUUUGGACCCCCAAACGUUUUUGCAAGAACAACUUGAUUCUAACGCUUAUUCCUCUGUCGUUACUGAACUCAUUGGUAGUGAUCAACCAAUUCAGAUCACCCUUCCAAGUGAAAUUAGCACAUACACAAACACCAUUGAGGCAGUGUCCAAAUUGAUUUUCAUUUGUGGCUUCAUUGCUAUUGGUGCGUUGGCUCUUAAUUUCAUUAACAAUUAUUUUGCAAAGAGAUCACAUAUUUUGAGUUGUGGAAGUUUCUUGCUUUCUUUCAUUGGAUCAGUUGCUUUGCUUUUGACAGCUGCUGCUUCAACAGGUAUGUGGGUCUUGGUGGAGACUAAAUUCAAUAAGGAAUUGGAAAGCACCGGUGCCAAGGCCCAUAUUGAUCCAGUUUAUUACGGUUUAAUCUGGGGUGCCUUGGGUGCUGGCUUUUGCUCUACUAUCGGUUGGAUGUUUGCAAUCUGUUGUGGUAGUACCAAUGUUGAAGAUUAUGAAGAUUAUAAGGAAUGA